AUGUCUUCGGCAACUCCUUAUGCUAUAGAGAGUGCUCCAAAAGAAUUGCACAACUAUAUGCCCGAAAUGCUCCAAUACCACAUUGGGGAGCUUACCCUUGAAGGUCUCGCCACUGGCGAGGUUAGACGAGUGAGGCGCAGAGGUGGAAGCCUACCACCCACAGCUAUAAGUCUCCUGCAUUAA